GCAAACCCUCUUCCUCCUGACUGGUGUCAGAUGACUGUGUAAAGAUGGCCGAAGGGGAGGCUGGUGGCUCCCAGAGUGUGGAUCCGCGGGAAGAUUUCGAGAUCAUUGACCGGACCCAGAUCCCCUCCACUAGCGAGGUGCGCGGUGAGGCUGGGGGCAAAACAGCAGCCCGGGACGACGUCAGCUGGUCGCGCCCCAUCCUUUCGUUGGCCAAGAAGGCGUCCGAGAACUUCUCUGUGAGCUGCGGCCACGCGCUGCGCUCCGCAGCCUCCUCCGCAGGGCUCCGGAACAAACUCCCAGGUGGUGGCGGCGGCAGCACCGGAGACAGCCCCUCCAGCAGCCCAGCUGCUAAAUGCCAAAUGAUGGAAGAACGCUCCAAUCUGAUGAAUAUGAUGAAGCUGAGUAUUAAAGUCUUGAUCCAGUCAGCCCUGACUCUAGGUAGAAGCUUGGAUGCAGACUAUGCCCCUUUGCAGCAAUUCUUUGUGGUGAUGGAGCACUGUCUCAAACAUGGACUGAAAGCUAAGAAGAGUUUUAUUGGCCAAAAUAAGUCUUUCUUUGGUCCCCUGGAACUGGUGGAGAAACUUUGUCCAGAAGCAUCAGAUAUAGCUACUAGUGUUAAAAAUCUGCCAGAGUUAAAGACAGCAGUAGGAAGAGGAAGGGCUUGGCUUUAUCUUGCACUCAUGCAAAAGAAAUUGGCAGAUUAUCUGAAAGUGCUUAUAGAUAAUAAGCAUCUCUUAAGUGAAUUCUACGAACCUGAGGCAUUGAUGAUGGAAGAAGAAGGAACAGUAAUUGUAGGUCUGCUGGUGGGCCUCAAUGUUCUUGAUGCUAACCUUUGCUUAAAAGGAGAAGAUUUGGACUCUCAGGUUGGAGUGAUUGAUUUUUCCUUAUAUCUUAAAGAUGUGCAGGACAUUGAUGGUGACAGAGAACAUGAAAGAAUUACUGAUGUCCUUGAUCAAAAGAAUUAUGUGGAAGAACUUAACAGACACUUAAGCUGCACUGUUGGGGAUCUUCAGGCCAAGAUAGAUUGUCUAGAAAAGACCAAUUCAAAACUUCAAGAAGAGCUUUCAGCAGCUACAGAUCGGAUUGAUUCACUUCAAGAAGAACAGCAACAGUUAAAAGAACAAAAUGAAUUAAUCCGGGAAAGAAGUGAAAAGAGUGUAGAGGUGACAAAACAGGAUACGAAGGUAGAGCUUGAUACUUAUAAACAAACUCGACAAGGCCUGGAUGAAAUGUAUAGUGAUGUAUGGAAACAACUGAAAGAGGAAAAGAGAGUCCGAUUGGAACUAGAGAAAGAAUUGGAGCUGCAGAUUGGAAUGAAAACAGAAAUGGAGAUUGCAAUGAAACUACUAGAAAAAGAUACACAUGAAAAACAAGACACACUAGUUGCUCUUCGACAACAACUGGAAGAAGUCAAAGCAAUUAAUUUGCAGAUGUUUCAUAAAGCCCAGAAUGCAGAGAGCUGCUUACAGCAGAAGAAUGAAGCAAUCAUAUCUUAUGAAGGAAAAACCAAUCAAGUAAUGUCUGCCAUGAAACAAAUGGAAGAGAGAUUACAGCAGUCUGAAAAGGCCAGGCAAGGGGCUGAAGAGAGAAACAACAAACUGAAGCAAGAAUUUGGUGGCAAAGUUGAAACCCUACAACAGCAACUCUCCCAACUGGACAAACAAUGCUCAAGUCUCGAAAGAGAGCUGAAGUCGGAAAAAGAGCAAAGGCAAGCUCUUCAGAAAGAGUUACAGCAAGAAAAAGAUGCUGCCUCUCUGCUCAAAACAGAGUUGCAUCAAGUAGAUGGAUUGAAAAAGGAACUUCAGAAACUAUAUGAGAAGAAAGAAGAAUUACAAAAGAUUUGUGAAGAACAGGAACAAGCACUACAGGAAAUGGGAUUACACCUUAGCCAAUCAAAGUUGAAGAUGGAAGAUAUAAAAGAGGUCAAUAAGGCACUAAAGGGUCACACCUGGCUAAAAGAUGAUGAAGCAACAUACUGCAAACAGUGUGAGAAAGAGUUCUCCAUCUCCCGGAGGAAGCAUCACUGUCGGAACUGUGGACACAUCUUUUGCAACACGUGUUCAAGCAAUGAGCUGGCACUGCCAUCCUACCCAAGGCCUGUACGUGUGUGUGAUGCCUGCCACACUCUCCUGCUUCAGAGAUGCUCCUCCAAUUCUUCCUAGGGGUCAUGAAUGCUCACAAGGCUUAAGCUAGCUGCAGAGCAAAUGGGAUUCUGGCUCCCCUCUCUCUCUCUACCCCCAGCAAGCUUAGCUAUGUGAAAUGCAGUUUCUGAUCAUUUUAAAGAAAUGUACCCAACACUUUCACUGUCAUUCUGGAAAAGGGCAAAGGCCUAGGACAGUAGCCAGCUCUUUUUUGGGCUUACUGUUGAUACAAUCUGAAUUUUGUUAAUUUUGAGGGUUUUUUGUGAGAAAAGGCUUCGGUUAACAGUUCACUUCAUGUACUUCUAAUUGUUCUUUAAUGUGCUGAAAUACAAGGUGUGCUUUUUUAUGAUCCAAAAUUUUCUGUUUAAAACUCCCUAUUUCUCCCUUGCUCUCAACUUUGAUCUUCAGAAUGGUUGUUUUUCUGCACAAUGAAUCUCAAGAUUUUUGCUACUGAAGUUUUUCACUUGUAAAAUAAUCAACAUUUGGGAUUGAUGUAGUUUUUUUUUCCAUCUUUGAAAGCCUUUGAUUCCUGUGUCUCCAGGAAAAUGCAUUUUUCCUGCCCUUGAGCUAAAUAAACAUCAAGGUUUGCUUCUCAUGUCCAUAGGAUAUAAUAAAAGCUUUUGUUCAA